GACAUUUGGGUGAAAUUCUCGUUUCCCUUUGUGGAAAAAAAUCCUUCAUCAAACCAAGUAUUCUAUUCAAUUUUCUAAAUACUCUGUGGUUUGGUCGGGUGUUGACUAUUUUCAAGAAUUUGUCGCGAAAACCAUGAAUGUAAAACAAGAAAAAUACACUGUAGAAGAUGAGGUGGUGCCAGUUGUUUUGCACGAGGGCUCCUACGGCACCUACACCAUACAAACUUUUCAGCCAUCACAAGAAGUUGCCGCUGCAGUGGCAACGCUGGAAGCCAAUCACCUUCAUCAAAUUAGAGAAAUUAAUGGUGAACAACAAAUUAUUCAUCUCAAUGAAGGUGAUUGUGUUGAAAUUGCAACUGUUUCUGAUACAACUGCUUCGGGACAGUCCGCUAAUGUGUCGCAAAUCAUGUCAGACACAUCCUACCACAGCGACAACUCAGCCGAAUACAGCAUGGUCCCCGAAACCAGUCGUGCCAAGACCUACUACUGUCCCAACUGUGGCAAUUGCUAUAGUGCAGCCGGCAGUUUAAAAUUGCACAUUCGAGCAUGCACUCGCGAGAAGGAAACCAACACAAAUGACAGCAGAAAAUGUGAGAUUUGCCAGAGAACAUUCAACUCGAGCACCUAUUUGCGAGAACACAUGCUACGGCAUUCGGGCAAGGGCCCAAAGAAGUGUCCCAAAUGCUAUCGCAAGUUUAUUGACGAUGCCAAGUACGAGGCUCAUUUGGAGACCCACAAAUUAGAAGAAAGAAUUGCCAUUGAAGCUGGCAGUCCGUUGAAUGCAGAUGGAGCACCCAGCGAGAAGAAGAUCAUCAAAGAAUAUGUAUGCUCUUUUUGUUCAAAAAACUUUACAGUUGUCUUCGAUUCACGCCACACAAAGAGGCGUUAUGCUUGCGAUGAAUGCAGAGAAAAGUAUUCCAAUGAAGAAAUGCUGAAACAACACAAAGCUCAGUUGGAGGAGAAGCGUGAGUUUCGUUGCGAGAAGUGUGGACGAAAGUUUGUUUUCGAAGGAUUUUUGCAGAGGCAUAUUCCGGCGUGUGAUGGAACUAUUCGUAGACGACGUGACCGUCAGUAAAACAAAAGAAAAAUGUAAAGUUAUCUAAUUGCUUUUAAAAAGAAAAAUCAUUUUAUAUCAAACAAGUCUCGUCAGUUAUUUAGGUAUUGAUUUAUUUUUCUCCCCUCUCUGACCUACCCCCCAUUUAACUAUUACUUGUAAUAUUUCCUUGCAAUAAAUACACGUUUUAGAAGCUGAAA